AUGUCAGAAGCUGCUGAUGAUUCGAUAAUUAAAAUUGAACUAAAAGAAUAUCCAAUCGAAGACAUUAAACAGGAAAUUAAGGAAGACCCUGAAUCAUGUUCAGAGGAUGACAAAACAUGUCUAAACAGAUUUAUGAACUCCAUAGUGAAAAUAGAAGAAGAAGUUGAACAGGAAUUGAACUUGAAUAAACUUGAAUACUCAGUGCACAAAUAUCUUAAAAUGUCAGAAGCUGCUGAUGAUUCGAUAAUUAAAAUUGAACCAAAAGAAUAUCCAAUCGAAGACAUUAAACCGGAAAUUGAGGAAGAGUAUGAAUCGUGUUCAGAGGAUGACAAAACAUGUCUAAACAGAUUUAUGAACUCCAUAGUGAAAAUAGAAGAAGGAGUUGAACAGCAAUUAAUUCAGACUGCUCCUUAUAAAUGUGACAAGUGUCAUAGAACAUUUAGAAAGUUGCAUUAUUUAGAACAGCAUAUGGUAAAUUAUUGUCAUAAGUGCACAUAUUGUUCAAAGACUUUUUCAGAUGCAAGUGCAUUAGAAAUACAUAUAAAAUCUCAUACAGGGGAAAAACAUUUCACAUGUACGAAUUGCAGUAAAGCAUUUACUGACAAAUAUCAUUUAGAUCAACACAUUUGUGCUUCUGCAAGAGAACAAAUUUUAAAUUCGAAUGAAUCUAGUAAUCAAAAACGAAAUAUUCGCGCUCAUACUGCAAAGGGACCAGGUGAACGUCCGCAUAUUUGCAAAAUUUGUGAUAAGACAUUUGCACGAUUGAGUACCUUGAAAUCGCAUAUGCUAAUUCACACUGGGGUACGUCCUAAUAAAUGUAAAGUAUGUGGUAAGACAUUUACAGAAUCAGAUCAUUUGAAUAGACAUAUGCUCAUACACACUGGUGAAUGUCCCCAUAUUUGCCAAAUUUGUGAUAAGACAUUCACACAAUUGGCUAGCUUGAAUAGACAUAUGAUUAUUCACACUGGUGAACGCUCCCAUAUUUGCCAAAUUUGUAAUAAGGCAUUCAUACAAUUGAGUAACUUGAAUAGACAUAUGUUCAACCACACUGGUGAGCAACGCCCCUAUAUUUGCAAAAUAUGUGAAAAGACAUUCACACAAUUAUCUGACUUGAAAAAACAUAUGCUCAUCCACACUGGUGAACGCCCCCAUAUUUGCCAAAUUUGUGAUAAGACAUUCACAAUUUUGGCUAACUUGAAUAGACAUAUGAUUAUUCACACUGGUGAACGCUCCCAUAUUUGCCAAAUUUGUAAUAAGGCAUUCAUACAAUUGAGUAACUUGAAUAGACAUAUGCUCAUUCACACCAGAGAAUGCCCCUACAAAUGCAAAAUCUGUGAUAAAGUAUUCAAACAAUCAAAUACCCUGAAAAAGCACAUGGUUGCUCAUACCAAUGAGUAA